GCGAACCCAUGCUGGUGCGUGUCGCGACAUGACAGGAUUAAAGUGCACGGAUUAAGGUGGAUUUGGAGCCGGAUUACGCGUCCGGAAGUAUGCGUGACCCAUGACGGGAGUUGCUUUCCGGCCGUUGGCUGUGCUACUCUCCCGCUGUUGGCUUCUUUUGGCUCCGUUGCUGCUCUUUGCCAGUCUACAUCACGCUGUGGAAGCUAACGUCUGGCGGUGGCGGCGGUCGGUGGAGCUGGUUGCUGGCCGGCCUCUCUUCCCGGAGAUUGAACAGCCUUCCUUCGACAAUAGUACACCGACUGACGUCACCGCGCAACAAGGACAGACCGUUUACUUGCAUUGUAUCGUGACGAACCUCGGCGAAAAAGUGGUCUCGUGGAUCCGUCGGCGCGACUUCGCCGUGCUCACAGUCGGUCUAGCUACCUACACGGCCGACGAGCGAUUCCAGGCAGUUCACUUGGAACGGUCUGAAGACUGGAUGCUGCAAGUGAAGCGGACACAGCCCAACGAUGCUGGGGAGUACGAGUGUCAAAUCAACAUGCAUCCGCUUAUCUCCUACUUCGUGCGGCUCAUCGUGCUCGUGCCUCGAGCUCGCAUCUUGGAAGCCCCGGAGCUGUUCAUUAAGAGUGGAUCUUCGAUGAACGUGAGUUGCGCCAUCGAGAACAGCCCGGAGCCACCUGUGUUUGUCUUCUGGUUCCACAAUGAGCGCGUGAUCAACUACGAUGGACCGGGUCACAUCUCGGGGGCCAAGAAGGAGCCCGACGCCUAUGUGAGCAACUUGUACAUCCGAAACGCUAGGCCCCAGGACUCAGGGAACUACACCUGCGGCCCCUCCAACGCGGGAUCUACAAGCGUCGUCGUUCACGUGCUCAACGGUGAGAAAAGAGCAGCCAUGCAACAUGAACUGUCGCGAGCCUCUCGCCGCGAGCCAUGGCUUCUGGUUGCCAUCGUCUGGACCCUCGCUUUCUCCUGACCCGGGGCUUUGUGAUGAGGCGUUCAUCGAUCCGUCCACGUCCCCCUGAACUUGGGAUGGAGCAGCAGAAGGUGCAGGGUAAUCCAGGAGUCAUUGAUUGCCGGUGCUCCUCCACAGAACUGAACUGCCACACAGGUGUGCUCACAUUCCAGGACGUUGCUCAACUGUGUCGAAGGCGCACUUCCUAAGUGUGUGUUGUGUGCGUGGAGGCGAAGAGACUUGCACUCGGAUGUGUGAGGACGUUCGUGAAAAAGCUGCGACAUGCGGUGGGUGCUCAAGAACCGGACGUCUAUCCGUGCUCCUAGAAGUAGACGGACACAGGCCUCUUACUCGUGACCAUGGAGCCGAGAACAGAGACGGCCACGUUCACUUACGGUUGAUCUGUAUUUCUUCUCCGGCUCAUUUACACAUUUCCACUUAAACGUACGUGACAUUAAGAUCGACAACUGCAGGGGUAAGAGACACUCCUGCUCAGAAGGGUGUACGAUGGUUGUGACACCGCAUUGUUACUGAGGGCUUGGUUGUAUAAACCUUCACGGGACAUCAACGGAGCCCAUUUCGUCGGGAAUAAUUUUACCGCAGCCGACGUUUGUUCCUCACGUUUGUCUUUGGCAGACUGAAUCGGAAGACGAGCUCACGCAGCUCGGCUUGGUGAUGGCGAAGAGGUGCACCCGGAAGUCUUAUCUGACGAUUCCGGUGUAACAUACUGUAAAUGUAUCCUUCGUGUACAUAAACUUAUCAGCCCUGUGGUUUAAAAAUAAUAAAUGGUUAUG